AUUUGCGCGGGCAACUCAAACAUCCCGAAGGAGAUGGCGGCGUUGCAAUGGCAACAGUAUGCGAAGCUGCGCAUCCCUCUCUCCAAGCGUCUCAAGGAAGAAGUAAGAGAUGAUAACUCCCUUGCGGAGCUUGAAACGCUGGCGGAGUCUGUUCUGGACGGAAUGGACGAAAUCCCGCGUGUCUCGCUCCAUCAUCCCGAGUGCUUUGACGAUCUUCUCAUGGCACAUCGAGAAGAAUUGGGUGCGCGUUAGAAAUGUUGACGGCAUUGACUGAAUUAUACAUUGAAACAGGUUCGAUACGAGCAGAGCGACGGCGCCGAGGAUGUCCGAAUCCGAUGACAAUUCCAAUGGAGUAUACCUUUGACUUUUCAACGAUCGCAUGGAAGUCGCGUGAGAAUGCCGCCAUCAUUACAGUUGACGACGUCAUAGCAAAAUGCCCAGAUUUAUUCCUACAAGAGCGACCAAACACCACCGUUGCAGGGCCAACUUCAGCCCCGCCCGAUCGACCAGCAAUGUCAGGAGAAUUGCAUGGCCCAAAUCCACAGCAUCCAGCACGUUCUGUCGAAGUUACCGUCGCCCAGCCUACUCCUGCCGCAACUCCUCGUCCACCUAUGCGCGCAUUUCUUCCGAAAAACUACCACCAAACGACUACCUCUCGUGGGCAUCCCGAUGUCUACCUCCCGCAUGACGUAGAUGAUAAUCGCAUCCCUGCCCGACCGUACCACGCCGUGGGGCCCCCUGGUCGCCGAGUCCAGCCUCAGCCACAGCCCCAGACUGCAAAUCCAUUUCAAACGGCAGGAGAAAAGCUUGAAAUUGACCAAAAGUCACGUCAAAACAAAGAAACGUUGCGCCACCAGGAAUCGAUGGCAAAAUCCGGUCGGCAUGGAGGCACCUACCACCCCAUCCAUCCAACCCUGCUGCUGAACAAACCGAACGAGUCGCCUCCGCGAAUCCACAAGCCCUUUCAGCCCCCCGACGGAUCGGCAACAGGGCGGAAGCCGCAAGGCGAAGGUGACCCGGAUAUCGACCCGAGGCUCAAGGCAUGCGACCCCGAGUUAAUUUCCAAGAUCGAGAUGGAAAUCGUCGAUGCAGGUGACCCUGUUUCGUUUGACGAUAUCGCUGGGCUAAGUUUUGCCAAGAAGUGCGUCAAUGAGCUGGUCAUUUGGCCGAUGGCGCGUCCCGAUAUCUUUACCGGACUGCGGAGUCUCCCCAAGGGCCUGUUGCUGUUUGGCCCGCCCGGGACGGGAAAGACUCUCAUUGGGAAAGCAAUCGCCACCCAGUCCGGCGCAACCUUUUUCAGCAUCUCGGCAAGCUCGUUGACGAGUAAAUGGAUUGGCGAAGGAGAAAAGCUCGUGCGAACCCUGUUCGCUGUUGCAGCAGUCAAACAGCCGUCGGUUAUCUUUAUCGACGAAAUCGAUUCGCUCUUGAGCCAACGGAGCUCUACUGAAAACGAGGCGUCGAGGCGUAUGAAGACAGAGUUUUUGGUGCAAUUGGAUGGCGCUGGCACCAAGUCCAAGGACGUCAUUUUAGUCGUUGGGGCGACCAACCGACCUCAAGAACUCGACGAAGCUGCCCGGCGCCGCUUUGUGAAGCGGCUUUACAUCCCGCUACCGUCGGCUGCUGCUCGAUUGGAUUUGAUGAAUCGACUGUUGGCCAAAAACAAACACAACCUCACAACAGAGGACAAGGCGUGCAUUGUCCAGCGGAGCAAAGGGUUUUCCGGCGCCGAUGUGCGAUCGCUGUGCACAGAAGCAGCCAUGGGCCCGAUUCGGAAUUGCAUCGACAUUCAAACGAUGGAAGCGGACGACGUGCGUCCGAUUUCUCGAGAAGAUUUUGAAGAUGCUUUGCGUGGGACUCGCUCGAGUGUAUCGAUGAAAGACCUCCAGUUUUACAUGGAGUGGAACGCCGAGUUUGGAAGUUUCCAAAUCGAUCCAUCCCACGACGACACCUGAACUCGUUUCCAUGUUGAUUCGCUUGCCGCGUCUCCCUCAACAUGGCCGCUUCGCUCACCAAAUCGAGCGGCCAUCAUCAGCACAUAGCGUCUAGAGCCCUCCUUGCAGGUUUUUCACUUGAACGAGAACAUGUCGCGGCAAAUUUCCCA